ACAAUUGAUUAGGGUUAUUGCUGGCUUCUGAACCUGCAGAAUCACCUCUCUAGAUCCUUGCUUCUUCUAGAAGUAAGUUUGUAGUUAAGCUUUCCCUGAGGUUCAAUAAAGAGAAAAAAACAGAUGCAAUUUGAACAUUGUAUAAAACUAGGCUCUUGAAGAUUCAGUUUCAUCAGCAAGAAUAAACUUUGAAAUGAUUAACCCUAAAACUGGAUUAACAUCUAAUUUUCUUCAGGUCAACGGGAACAGUGCUUUAGCCAGUCUCUCUGGAUCCUUGUUAGGAGCCAUUUCAGUUAUCACAGAAUCUGUAGCAUGCAUAGAAGUCGAGCAGGAAAAGUUCAUUGAAAUUGGGUGCUACUUUUACAGAAUUUCUCCAGCUAUAAUGGAGUUGCAGACAACUGAGAAUACCCCCAAAAAUGCUAAAGAGAUCCUGACUUCUCUAUCCCAAAGCAUAAACUUGGCAAAAGAACUUGUGGAGAAUUGUCAAAAAGGGAAACAACAUGUCUCAGAUACUGAACUGAGAAGCAUAAUUGCUCAGCUGGAGAGGGCUGUAAAAGAUAUGGGGGAAUGCCUAUGCUUGAUACCAUCAUCCACAUUCCAGGGUGAGGAAUAUGCAGAAAUUGUUGUCCGAUCUCUUUCGGAUGAGAUGCAGAAUGUCCAUUUUGAAGUCAGGCAACCCCAAGAGCUGGAAUCUCGGAUGAUUUCUGUAGUUGAACUGCCAAAGAAAGAAUUCACGCCAAUUGAAUCAGACCUUUACUCCAUCACUGUUGAAGUCUCCAGAGAAAAUUCUCAGGUUUUGAGUAUGCCUUUUGACAUCCCGAAAAGAACAAGCCAAAGCAGCCAAAGAAAAUCUGGGAGCACAAAAUACCUUACAGAAUUGUCACAGGUGGCUCAGUACAUUGAGCCUCUUUAUGAAACCUUCUCCUGUCCUUUAACAAAUGAGAUCAUGGAAGAUCCAGUAACCAUAGAAACUGGAAUAACAUAUGAGAGGAAGGCUAUUACAGAGUGGUUUGAAGCAUGUGAAAAUCCAGAGGAUAUCCGUUGCCCCACCUCAGGGAAGAAGCUGACAACCAGAGCUCUAAGCACCAAUGUAGCUCUGAGGACCACGAUAGAUGAAUGGAAGGAGAGGAAUGAGGCUGCAAGGAUCAAGGUCGCCCGUGCUGCUUUGUCCUUAGCCAGUUCAGAUAGUAUGGUGAAAGAAGCACUGAGAGAUCUGCAUAGCAUCUGCCAAAUUAAACCAUACAAUAAGAUCCAAGUUUGUGAUGCUGGAAUAUUGCCUUUGCUUGUAAAGUUCCUGGAGCAUAAAGAUGGACAUAUUAGAUGUGCAGUGUUGGAACUAUUAAGGCAACUGGCAGAGGAAGAUGAAGCAAAGGAAAUGAUUGGUCAGAUUUUGGAUAUUUCAACAUUAAUAAAGAUGAUAUCAAGCACUCUCCAGGCAGUAAGGCAUGCAACAUUGCUUCUCUUGCUUGAGCUUUCAAGAUCUCAGGUUGUGGGUGAAAAAAUUGGCUCAGCUGCUGGAGCAAUUCUGAUGCUGAUCAGAAUCAGGUAUAAUCGCAAUACUGAUCCCUUUGCUUCAGAAAAAGCAGAUGAAAUAUUAAAGAACCUAGAGAAGUGUCCUGACAACAUCAAGCGUAUGGCUGAGAAUGGAUUCCUGGAACCUCUUCUAAAUCAUCUUAUUGAAGGUUGUGAGGAGAUGCAGAUGGAAAUGGCAAGCUGCUUGGGAGAAAUAAUUCUUGGACAUGACAGCAAAACCUAUGUGGCUGAGCGGGCUUCUCCUUGUCUCAUCAAAAUGGUGCAGAGUGGGAAUACUCUGAUCAGAAGGGCAGCAUUUCAGGCUCUAGCAGAGAUCUCAUCUUAUCACCCAAAUGCAAGAAUACUUGUAGAAUCAGGCGUUGUGCAUAUCAUGGCUGAAGAAAUGUUCAUCCGGACAAUCUACAAUGAACCAAUGAACUCAAAGAAAGAAGCUGCUGCAAUACUUGCAAAUAUACUUGAGUCGGGGAUUGAUCAUGGAAUCCUCCAAGUAAACACUCAGGGCCACCCUGUGGAUUCAGAUUAUGUUCUCUAUGGCAUCAUCUACAUGCUCAAGAAUUCAACCCCAGAUGAACUCAACAUCAAUCUUAUCAGGAUACUCUUGUGCCUGACCGAGUCACCCAAAUCAAUGGCCACUGUUGUCUCGGUGAUCAAGGAGACUGAAGCAUGCUGCACGUUGGUUGAGAUCAUCAACAAUCCACAUGAAGAACUUGGGGUUGCAGUGGUCAAACUGUUGAUAAAACUCUCACCAUACGUUGGUCACACGUUAGCAGAAAGGCUCUGUAAAACCAGAGGUCUACCUGAGAAUCUAAUUGAAAUCCCAACUCAGACUAACCAAUAUAUCACAGAGAAGCAAGCACUUUCAGCAAAGCUACUGGCAAAAAUCCCCCACCAGAACUUGGCACUAAAUCUGGCUCUCCUCGGUAAGAAUAUUGUCCCUGGAGUCUUACAGACAAUCAACUUAAUUCAAAAAACUGGGACAAGAAGUAGCAGGUAUGCAAAUGCUUACUUAGAGGGCCUGGUGGGAAUUCUUGUCAGAUUCACAACUACACUAUACGAAACUCAAAUUUUGUUCCUUGCAAGAAACCACAACUUUACACAGGUAUUCACUGAACUGCUUGUGAAGACUUCCAGUGAUGAAGUCCAAAAGUUGUCAGCAAUUGGAUUGGAAAACCUUUCAUCAGAAUCAAUACAUCUAUCAAAACCACCACAACUCAAGAGAAAAAAAUUCAUGAAAUUGUUCUACCUCCCUAAGUCCCUAUCAUUUGGUUCAUCAAAGAAGAAAAAGAUACCGCUGUGCACUGUUCAUAGAGGAGUCUGCUCUUCACAAAGCACAUUUUGUUUGGUAGAUGCUAAGGCAGUUGAAAGGCUGCUAGCAUGUGUGGAUCAUGAGAAUGCUGAAGUAGUUGAAGCUGCAUUGGCAGCUAUAUGCACUUUGUUGGAUGACAAGGUUGAUGUGGACAGCAGUGUGAGCCUGUUGAGUGAAGUACAUGCAGUAAAACAUGUGUUGAAUGCUGUGAAAGAACACAAGCAAGAGGGCCUGUGGCAGAAAUCAUUUUGGGUGAUUGAGAAAUUCCUAGUGAAAGGUGGAGAUAAGUCUGCAUCUGACAUUUCACAGGACAGGCUGUUUCCAGCCACAUUAAUCAGUGCUUUCCAUCAUGGAGAUGGUAGUACAAGGCAGAUGGCCGAGAACAUUCUAAGACACCUUAACAAGAUGCCUAAUGUCUCUACUACUGCUUACUAUUCCACAUAAAGAAGGAUAUUCCAAUGUCGUCAUAGAAAUGCUGUAAAGAAAUGCCAGAUAAGAGCAAGUCUGCCUCAUCAGUGUAUGUAUAAAUCAUGUUAAGUUCU